CUGUAUCAAUUAAUGAAAAAAUUGAUCAAUAUAAAUGUAUAAUUGAUAAUGAUACUACUAUUGCAUCAAUACUCGAUUCACGAACCAAAUUAUUGCUCUUUGAAAUAGAACAAGAAACCACUGAUGCAGUUAAUCAAACUAGAGAAGUAUUUAGUCAAUAUUAUACUAAAUUUACCAAUAAGCCCUUGUAUGUUAAAAGAAAUGAUAUUAGUACAACUCGUGAUUACUUUAAGGGACUUAAACAACAUCAUUUAGAAUCAGAUUCUAGAACAAACCAAGACUCUAUGGAUGAAUUAGAGCAAUACUUAGCUUUGUCCUGUGAUAAAAAUGUUGCACUAUUAUUAUGA